AUUCUUACUAUCAGUUUCCUGCUGUCAGUUAAAUACUACUAUGGAGUCUCACUUCGGCACGUUCGCCUCCUCGACAGGACUUCUAGGCAACAUCAUUCAGAGCUGUCUCGCUGUAUCUACCUUCUUAGACAGGGUGGGGAAUGCGGAUGAUCUAGCCAAGCACUUUAGCGUACAGCUUCAAUAUUCUCUAUCAAGACUGGACUGGUGGUCGCGCAGAUGGAAUCUAAUCCACAACGAGAGUUCGUCUACUGGAUUCAUGGAUGCACGUUUCCAACUUUAUGGGAACGCUAUCGCGAACUAUCUGGAACUCAUUCAUUAUAACGCGCAUCACUUGACUUCCUAUCAAGAGAAUAUUCCAAUAUUUAAAAACAUGUCUUCGGCGCAGGCUUAUGGUGCAACUGAGAGAUUUGCCAAGUUACUGAACACACCUUGGAAGGAAUAUUACGCGCCGUCUUCGGUGACCACCCAAGAAAGCCAUUCCAGUCUCUCGGAACGCUUCAAUUGGGCAUCACGAAACGGGACUGCCAUGAAGCGUCUGAACCUUUUGAAUGACCUCAUACGAGACUUGGACGAGUUCUUCCCUCCUCCCGGUCCUAAGUCUGACAUGUCUGGAGCAGUACUAGUCAACCCCGCGUUGAUGACGCAACAAUGUGACUGGAAAUUAAAAUGGCUAAGCCGUGAGACAGAGAUGGACCCAUUUGCUGCGUCACUCGCCUGGCUCAAGUCAACUACUAUAAGCCACAUAAACGACCUGAAGCUGUCUUCUGAUUACGAACCUCAAAGACUAAAUGGAAUCUUGAUAAGUGACCAGAAACUCCCUCAUCCUCGCCAUUAUACUGGGUUCUACGAUGGGAGACCUGUGCUUGUAGAGCAGAAAACUGUUCCUGUCAGCGCAAGCUCUUUGCCCAUUAACGCCGAUCAUUGCCGAUAUGACUUCAUAUACACUAUCCAUGCUGGGCCUAUUCUGUCAUUGCACGACAUGUUGAUAGAAAUAGAAAGCCGUAAGGGCGCUAGACGACGGGAAUUGUCACUCGACAAACGCUUUGACAUUGCUAGGACACUGUCACUCGACAAACGCUUUGACAUUGCUAGGACACUUUCCAGAGCUCUCUUGUACCUACACGCGGCUGAGUGGCUCCACAAAGGCAUCCGCAGUAGCAACAUCAUGUUUGUCCCCUCGACCCAACCAAACAUUGGCCAAUCCGGAUCGCCGUACCUCGUUGGCUUUGAAUAUAGUCGGGUCUUCUCACAUGAUGAGGGUACUGAAAACCAAGAAAUAACAUCCGAGGAUAAUCUUUACCGACACCCAGAAAGACAAGGAUUACCCGCCGCAGACAACGAACCUUAUAUAGGGAAGACAGGGCGCUUCACUAAGGACCAUGAUAUAUACAGUCUUGGUGUGAUCUUAAUUGAGAUGGGUCUUCUGAGGUCCGCUGAAUACAUUUCGAGAAAGUGGGGAGAAGGCAGCUUUAAAGAUUUCCUAAUUGAAACUGCUAUCUCACAGGUUACUCUCAAAAUGGGCGUGACUUAUGCAGAAGCUGCUUUACACUGCCUGGAGUCAAACUUUUACAGUCAGCCUGGAACAAGCAAUGGGGACGGUUCUGUAGCAUUCUACAAGAAGGUCGUCUCGCAGCUCGAGUUAUGCAGAGCAUGA